GUCAAACCUGGUAUUUUAUACCAAGGAGUAGAAUAAAUGUGGAUUUGACAAUGAGAGAAUGUAAUCUGAAAUGAACAUGAAUAAUUCCAAGCUUACAAUUACAUUUAUAAACUGCUGACGUUCAAAUAUUUCUUAUCUUUUUUUGUUUACAGGUUUUGAUUCAGCAUGUAAGCCCAACAAAUACGAAAUCACAAAAUUGUGCAAAAAACAUUGUUGAAUUUCAAUUUGACACUUACAAGAACUUGCAACAAAAUGUUGCAACUAUUCCGAGUGGUAAUUUCCUUGCCAGCGCGAAAUGUCACGACGAAAGCAUUAAUUUCCCAUUGCGAAAUCAAAAGUAAAAACAAAAAAUAAACGUAAUAACAAAGAAGUAAUUAAUAAGACAAAAUAACGGCAAGAAAAUCAAUUUGCAACUGCGCAACUUUGCUACAAGUGCAUAGCGUAAUAUCCGCUCAGAAGACACCUGGCGAAAGGAAACUCAUUUGCACCAACUGUUGAACAGCCAAAAAUCAUAAGUGACAGAGAAUAAUCAGACGCAUGAGGCUUUGCAACAUUGUUGUUGCAUGCAACAAAGAGCACGUUAAGUAUUUCAUACCGCAAGUGCAAGUGAUUUAUUGAGCUCAAGGUUGGAGCUGACAGCAGGAGUACGAAAUGUUGCAAAAAAUUAUUACAAAAACCAUAACAAUAAUAUAGAGCUUAUAAACUUCUUAAAAGCAAACAGAAAUUCAUUCAUAAAUAUGCAUAUGUACAACAUGCUGGAUGUGGCCUCACGGCGCUUAGCGUCCGGUGGAGCUACAAAUGCCAUCUCUGGCGGCCGCACUGCGGUGGCGGCGCUUCCGUCUGCAUUGUCCGCAACCGCGUCCGCAUCGGCGUCGGUGUACGAUAGCGCCAGUUCGGAACAGUUGUGGGGCAGCAAUAUAUUCAAUGGCGACGGCAGUGGCGAGGAGCUGUACGAAGCCUCCGGCUUUGCGGUGUUGUGGAGCACCGACAGCAACAACAACAAUGUGACAUUUAAUACCACAGAAUACGUAAUGGCUUCAGCAAAUGGUAUUCGCCUGCGCACGAUCACAACGCUUCAAGACGUCACGACAGUGGCGACGGACUUCAGUGACCCCUUUGAUUCAUAUGAAACACAUGAGAACAACUAUUGGGGCUUGUUGGCGCUGGUGUUGGUCUUCGCCACUGCCGCGGGCAAUAUACUUGUCUGUCUGGCGAUCUAUUUAGAGCGACGUCUGCAGAAUGUAACAAAUUAUUUUCUUAUGUCUCUGGCGAUAACGGAUCUUAUGGUGGCGGUGCUGGUGAUGCCACUCGGCAUACUGACGCUAGUGAAGGGUUAUUUUCCGCUCAGCUCGUUGUGGUGUCUCGCUUGGAUUUGUUUGGAUGUGCUCUUCUGCACGGCUAGCAUUAUGCAUCUCUGCACCAUUUCGGUGGAUCGCUUCUUCUCGUUGGCGUUUCCAAUGCGUUUUGGUCGCAAUAAGACUAGUCGGCGUGUAUUUUUGAAAAUCGGUCUUGUCUGGUUCCUAUCGGUAGCAACGAGUUUGCCCUUAUGCUUGAUGUACUCGCAGGAUCACGCGUCGGUGCUAAUUAACGGUACUUGUCAGAUACCGGAUCCUAUUUACAAAUUAGUUGGAUCGAUAAUUUGCUUUUAUAUACCGCUAUUUGUUAUGCUACUCACAUAUUGUCUCACUAUACGACUGUUGGCGAAGAAAAGUCACAAUCUGGGCGGAAUGUGUCAACCACAAGGGCCCGGCUGGGCGAGCACAUGGCUUGGACAAAGUAGCGCGUUCGAACGUCGUCGCACUUGGCGUCGUUUCCUCCGACCGAACUCCACCGCAGUGACACAAUCGGCGCAAUCGGCCAACUCCACCGACACUGAAAUGUCCACGCUGGACACACACGAACUGUGGCUAACCGAAACAAACGCAACGGAGCCGACCGCCACCACCAUGACAGCGCUGCAGCAAUUCGGCGCUGAAAUGUUGAAGCUGUCGCGUGGCUUGGAGUCAGUGGCUUCCUCUUCGACCACCUGCUCGCCAACAAAAUCGGAAUUUUCAUCAACAAAUCAUUUCGCCAGCUGCAGUCCGCAGCACUACUCGACCAACAAGCAGUCCAAUCAGCAGCAGCAGCAGCAGCAGCAACAUUCAAGCGGGGAGCAUUUACAAAUACCCACAGCGGCCCUGGCGGCGGCAACGGCUGACAGUAGGCUCCUGCUGCGUGGCACAAGUUUGCGGCGCAGCGCGCGUAGAGGACGUAAAAGAUCCCUUUCGCCAUCGUGCAAACCGCAACACGCAAUGCAGAAUUCAAAAAACCGGCGCCGCUAUUCCACAGCAACGCAGGGCAUACGCGAGGUGCGUGCCGAUACGCCACCACCACAGCGCCGCAAUCGUUUCAACAGUUUGCCGAAAAAUGCGUUACUCUUCCUCUCGCGGCAAUCCAGUCAAGCGACGAGCAGCACAGACGGCAACGCCGCACCCGCCAAUCGACACUCCGACACAGAGAUGGAGCAUAGCGGCAAAUCACAAUGUCAGCGCAGCAACGAUAGGCAAGCAGAGCUGCCACCUAUCUGCACAUGCCCAUAUUUCGGCGAUCGGCCGUUGGCGAAUUGCGUCAAACCGACCGAGGUGAAAAUCAUACCCACCACUUUCAAGGUGACCAAUGUUAUGGAAAUUGAAAAUUUACUCAAUCCACCGGAAGAAGAGUUGAGCAGUAUAUUGGUUACGAAUAACAGCAGCGGUAAUGGCAAUGCCGUCACACAUCUCAGCCCGAGCACGGCCGAACGCAUGAAUAACAAUCAUAGCGCUAGUUCGCUAACUGUACACUCGAAUGAUAGCAGCACGCCGGGUAGUUACUUGAGUGUGGCACCGCCGCCUGGCACCCCCUGCCCGGGACGUCGAAAACUUAGCAUUUCAAAGACGGCAUCGGUGAUCACUUGGGAUGCGAGUCGUCAUCGCCGGCGUGGUUCCAGCUUUGGCAGCGCGCGCACUACACUAUUGCUUACACCAACCAAAACCGGUACGGUACUCACCAGCUCCUCCUCAGCAACACCGCUGCGACGUUCCGCCACGUUGCGCAGUCACAACAACAUGAAUUAUCUACAAGUUUCCACGGCCUGCGAUGGCGCGGUAAAUGUCGUCGAGACGGGUAGGUUGCGUCCAAAAUCCAGCACGCCACAUUCCUCACCAUGUCUGCUGCAACGCAACCAAACCGUACGCUCACAUCAUUCACGCAACUCAAGCGUGAUUUCACGCAAUUCCUCACGUCACGGACGCAUCAUCAAACUCGAACAGAAGGCAACCAAAGUACUAGGUGUGGUAUUCUUCACAUUCGUCAUACUUUGGUCACCCUUCUUUGUGCUCAAUCUGUUGCCGACAAUAUGUGGUGAUUGCGAGAAUCGUAUAGCGCACUGGGUCUUCGAUGUAGUCACCUGGCUGGGCUAUGCCUCGUCCAUGGUGAAUCCCAUCUUCUAUACCACCUUCAAUGAAGUGUUUCGUAAGGCCUUCAAGAAGGUGCUCACUUGCCAAUACUCAACCACCACUAGUUGGAAUCCAAGUAUGUAGCAGCAACUGGAAAUCACGAAAACGAAAAUAAAAAAACAACCUUCGGAUACGAGCUCAUCCGGUUUGUUGGCGAUUAUUAAACGUCGCAGCUCGUCAAGUCGCGGUAGCGGUAGCCACAGUAGAUAGAUAACGGAGUUCGGCACAGACUGUGUACAGCUUUGAAUGCAUGUGUGGAUGUGAGGUUUUGUGGUUGUAUAUAACUGUGUGUGAGGGUAUGUGCUGGUUUAGUCAAGUAAGUAGAUUAAUAUUUAAUAUAUUAAGUAAUGCAGUGAACUAAGCUCAUAGCUAAUUUAUUGUAUGUAUAUACAUUGUAUAAAGGUAUGUAUGUGUGUGGUUUACAAUAGAAGUUACAAGAAACCACAGGAUAUAUAGCAUAUAUUCCUGUGUGUUCUCAGAUAGCGUGUAAAUAGUCAAAGGCAUAUGGAAAUUUUAGGGUGGUUCUUAAACAUAGAAAAACAAACUUUGUUUAUCAGAUUAGACUGAAUCUCAAACUAUACAAUGGAACUAUUAUAGUCGAACACGUUACUAUCACGUUUAAGGAGGAUCAAUGCUUGAUACGGUUUGUUUCACUUGAAAACUCAUAAGAAUCUAUUAUACGUUUUAUUAAACGUCGAUACAUCUCGAGCACCUCCAAUACAUAAGUACAACAAAAUUACUUUGGUGUAAUGUGGCACAGAGGUAGACCAGAAGGCUUCUACUUUUAGAAAAAAGGGAAUUAAGAAAGAGAAUGAGCGUGAUAAAAUGUUAGAAUAUUACCUCUGUGGAAGAGCAGACUUCAGCUGGUUGGAACUGAAUAUCUUCAAUCGUUCAUAAUGUUUCAAACAAAGAAAAUUUUACUAGUAGCAUGAAAAAAAGCUUUUAAAUCCAGUGAGUUGAUCAUUGGUGCUUAGAUGGAAGCCAAUUGAGAGCCCAAUAUUGAGUUGAGAUUUUCAACCAACCUAACAUAGUCGUAACGUACCAAGGUUAACUGAACUUGGAACCCUCUACUAAAAUUUCCCGGAAACAUUUUAUCUAAAACGUCGACUCUUUCCUUAAUACCGAUUUCUACGCCUACAUUUGUACAAUACAUUUAAAUAUUGUUACUGUCCUAUUGAGAUGAUGAAACAUGAAAAAUAUUCGCAUUUUUAUAACCUUAAGAAUCACCCUAAUGCAUAUGGUCUCACUUGAAUUCAUAAAUAUAUACAAUCUAAGAUAACUUCAUAAGGUUGGUACAACGUCCUUCUCCCUCUCCGUCAUUCAUCAAUCCAUCACUGUGCCUUCGUGCUGCGCUUAUUCAUCUCAGACAGCUGUUCCUCUGACUUUACAAAUAUUCUGCUAAGCUUCUUGACUAUGUGUCUCGUAUGUAGCUUGGACGCUUUUAUACCUUCAAUUAAUUUCACUUCAUUUGCUUAUGAAAACGAGUUGGAAUUUAACUCGCAACGCCAGACACACACACACGCAGAUGUGCUGGAAAGGCCAGUUAGUUUGCUUAGGUUUGGGGCUAUUGAAUAAUGGAUUCGAGUCACAUGAAAUUGAGACGUGAAGUUGAUGGAGUACCAACCAACCUGUCGCAUUGAAUACGCAAGCAUGGAGAGGUUAGCAAAUAGCAUAGAUGAAUACGGGUCAAUAUUUUGGAAUUUAAGUAAAGUAUUAAGUUAUUUGAACGCAUAUAACACUAAGCUGAUCACGUAGCAUGCAAGAUGCGACAUGUAUAUAUAAUGGAUUCCAACCUAUAAUGGAAUACUAGACUGUGUAAGUUCAAAGUUGAAAUAAUGUGAAAAAUGUUUGCAAGAUGCAACGAAAUUCUGUAAUGCUUGAAGUACUUUUUUCUUGUUCGUCCUUGCGCUUCUUCUUCUUCGUUAUUGAGCUGUUCUUCUUUUAUAUUUUUAUGGAUAUUUUUUAGGAGCAUAUAUCACAAGCUGCACAUACUUAUCAUUAACUUUAAAAAGUUUCUUUUGUUGUGUUCAUUCUUCUUAGUCAUUCUCGGUUGACUUAAUCAUCUGUGUGUAUCGAGUUCAGAGAACCAAUAUAACAGGUCUGUACACAGUUUAUCUUCCUGAAAAUCAGUCAGUUCAUUGUUAAAAAAUGUCCAAAUUUUGAAUUAGUAAAAAUCAUCUUCUUUCCAUUAAUCACAACAAAACUAAUUCGUUUAUUCAUUGAGAAUCUUCUCACCGAGAACAUAUGAUACGAACCAAGCCAUUGAAUCAACACUGAUGUAUCUACCUAUACUAGAUUCUGGUGCUAUAUAUCAUUAUUUCUUUAGUGAAGGCGAAGAACAUACACCUCAUUAAAUUUGAGAAAACUGUCGAUAGUCCUUAAACGUAUGUAAAUCCCAGUCCGUUCCGGUUAAGUAGAGCCUCAUAAUGUAAUAAUGUUCAUCAGUUCCAGUUAAUUGAUUUAGAUUUCCUAAUAAAGGACUAAAUCAAAUCAUUAAUAAAAAUAUCCUAUUAUACAAAGUCUCAGAAUUUUUAAUUAUUUCCUUGGAUAAUUUCAAUAGUUCUUAAACUGAAAGAUCAGUAUAUAGUUACUUCAGAAUAUGAUUGCAGAUUUGUUAGAUAAUUGAUAUUACUUCAAGCAGCAUUUACAAAUUCAUUCCAUUAGAGAACUAUAUUACAAUUCGAUUGGAGAAAUAACUUUUUCAUUAAGGGAACUUAAGAUUUCUCAAUAAUUUAAAUUGAUUAAAUGGGAUUCUAUGGAGAUUGGUAUAUGCUCAAUAAUCCUUUCAUAAUUCAGAGAGUAAAGUAUUUAAAUCGCUCUUUCGUAUAUUAAACACUAUUUACACAGCUGCUGUACGUGGCUACUCAUAAAUACAGACUUUGAAGACGGGAAUUGUAAAUCACAUACUUAUUUGUUUGCUUACACGUCUUCAAAACCAUUUACUGUAAUUAAUUUUCUCAAAAUAAAUUUAAACGAAAUAUAACAUACCCACAUAUAUCGAGUAGUACACGUAUGAAUAAUUUAUUAACUAUAUGAAUAACGAAAAUAAUUAUUUGUUUGUGUUUGGCCAUGUGUCCGAAAUUGCCUCGACCAUAACCCGUAGUUUACAAUCAAUUAAGUCAGGAGUUAAAAUUAAUUGCGAAAUUGUACGGAACCCAAAAUUUAAUAGACGCUAGACUGGCAUCAUCACCUUGAAUGUAAAAUAGUUUCGUAAACUUGUUGUUGUUGUUGGCAAUCAAAGUAUUUGCAUAUGUAAAUAAGCGCAUAGUAAUAUGCGCUUCAAUCGUAUAACUUUAUACUCGUAUUUAUAUAUAUAUAUGUAUAUAAAUGUAUAUGUGAAUGUGUGGUUGUAAUGAUUUUGCGGCGUAACGGUCUCUGCAGUUUGCGUGCUACCACAGUGGCCACAAUUCAAUUGGUUUUCAAUUAAAAUUUGACUUGCAAAUUUUAGAGGUCAGCGCAGCGUGUGACGAGGUUAUGAAAGCUACGAACUAAUUAAAAAUACGUUCAAGCUCAAGGAUAUUUACCGGUUAUGUCUUUGUUUACAUUCAAUUAGAAAGCUUUUAUAUAGUAUAAUGCAGCAAUAUUUGAAAUGUUCAUUAUCAAAAAUAAUAAAAAAAUAAGUACAUUUUCUUAAAAUAACAAAAAAAUAUAUCAUCACUGUUCAUAAUGAACGUCGUUGAAGAAAUCUGAAGUCCUUAACUUAUCAUUACUUCCUCAUUUCACAAGACUGGUACCACUUAGAAACACCUGCAACGUUGAUAACUAGAGAGUAUACUUCACUUAUUUUUACCCAGACAACGUCAACUUUACAUUGUUAUUUCGGGAUAGUGGAUCGUCAAGUAAAAUAUUGGAUAAGUUCACCGCUCAACUACUGUCUAUGCCUCUGAAAGAACAGGAGUUCGAUAACAAGUUUGUUGAUAUCUUGUUGAGAUAUAGGUAUACGGUUUUUGCUUUCUAAGCACGUUAUUAGGUUCUCGAAAUAAAAUCAUUUUUUCAUGUUUCACAUGUUUUUUGUUUAAACAUUUGACUAUAAACGAUUUUGCUCCGAUCUCCAGCUAAGUCAAUAAGUCUCACUACCAAAUGUCUCAUAGAGAAAAUUCUCACCAGCGGGGUCUCUCUAACUAUUAACAGAAUCCAACCAACAAAUCCGAUGCUUCUUCGCAGCUCUUUAUUUCUUCUGCUUUGUCGUAACUAUCGCAUAUUUUACGUUACUUUCAGAUCUUAUCGUGAUCAUCCACGACUAACUUUAUACCUUAUCUCUAGGAGAGCACCAAAUGUCCUUUUAUUCCCAGAAUAGUCGAUAAGAAAUCAAUUGAACUCUCUCUCUCUCUCUCUCUCUCAACAAACCAAAUCUUACUCCAAAUUUCUAGAAGAGCACCAUUUGCCCUUAUAUUCCCAGAUUAGUUUAUAAGAAGUCAAUUGAGCUGCCUGCUCUCGGCAAGCCACAUCUUAUUCCAAAUGUAGAUAUUUCAUCCGGACGCUAUGUUGAGAAGAGGCUAAAAAUCGUCAUGAACAUCAACUGUGAAGUAUACUUGCAAUAAGGGGUUUGGGGUAGUCAGGAUUUUCAAAAAAAAUCAAUUUUUUUAUGCAAGAGUAAAAUAUUAAAAAUAUUCUCUGAAAAUUUGAAAUUGAUCCGAUAAUUACUUUUCGAGUUAUUCGACAAAUAACAAAGAGCGCUCAGGCACUCAAACACACUAGUGUCAAACUUUAAAUGCGUUUAUCUCAAAACUAUGUUUUUUGAACUGGUGACAACUGUAACUCGAUAACCAUUUUUUCGUGUCUCUGACUACCACUAACCCCAUAAGGCGCCGAUAGACUCUUCACAAAUAGUGACUCUCUAUCCAUACCUCGAUUUAUUUUACCACGGAUCGGUGAUUCAACAGUCUAACUGUUGCGAAGUAUGUCUGGAAUAGGAUACACAGAAAGCUCAACUCUGAAUUUUACUCGCAUUAAUCUAUCUAUCUUAUGUGUCAGUAGUUAGCAUUUCUAACACAAUUAAUCUAAUUUUUGACAUAGAAACAUAACAUUCGUCACUAAGUGCUCUUAUUCUGCGCAACCUCACAUAAGCUCUUAAUAUAAAUAUACUAUCGCAUUACAAUAACAAUUAAGUUUUAAAA